CUAUUUGGUUGUAAUAUUAGAGCGGCAAAGAAACACAGGGCGCUUUUGUAGUUCUUCGCGGAAAUUUCAUAGCGAGACGGUAAUCCGAUUCCUUCUAAAUCUUCCUCAAUUUGAGCAGACACGUUGAGAAACGUUUUGACACAUUUUUUACGGCUGUAAAAAGCUUCAUCGAAGAAGACACACGCAGUCGAAGAAUCUGCAACGUGGUACAAGGAGUCCCCAGCAGUGUAAACUGAACAGAUAAACAUGGUGUUUGUGGACGAAGAUAGAAAGCCUUUGCACGCCGCAGAUUGGACGAUAAUAGCGGUUUAUUUCCUGGCUUGUAUCAUUGUUGGACUGUGGUCCAAAUUCAGGAAACAAGGAGGAAAGGAUGAAACUGCGGAAACUUACUUCUUGGCAGGACGGUCAAUGAUGUGGUGGGCAGUUGGACCCAGUCUUUUUGCCAGUAACAUUGGCAGUGAGCACUUUGUUGGGUUGGCUGGGUCUGGGGCUGCUACUGGGAUUGGUGUAGUAUCCUAUGAAUGGCAGGCCUGCUGGGUUCUGCUCCUUCUUGGAUGGGUAUUUCUGCCAAUUUACUUGAGAUCAAGGGUGUUUACGAUGCCUGAAUUUUUGCAAAAAAGGUUCCAGAGCCAGUGGAUCAGAACAUACUUGACUGUUGUGGCUUUGUUUUCUUAUGUGUUCACAAAGUUUUCGGUUGACAUCUAUGCUGGCAGUUUGUUUCUUUAUGAAGCUGUUGGUUGGAACAUGUACGUCUCUGCUGCCUGUGUCCUGGCCAUCACAGCGGUCUACACCAUCUUAGGUGGUUUGACUGCAGUUAUCUUCACUGAUGUCUUGCAAUGUGUAAUCAUGAUCCUUGGGGCAAUCACACUGGCAAUUCUAAGUUUUAUAGAAGUGGGCGGAUACAAUGGUCUGUGGGAGAAAUACGGCCAAUCCAUGGGCAAGCCAUAUGUUCCUGUAAAUGCAACCAUGGACAAUGGAACAGACCUGAGUUCGUGCUUCGCGUUGACUCCUUACUGGGAUCACAUGUUCCGACCGAUCAAUGAUCCUGACUAUCCCUGGUUGGGAUUGUGGACUACCUUGCCGAUUAUGGGUAUUUGGUAUUGGUGCACAGAUCAGGUGAUUGUGCAGCGUACCCUUGGAGCAAAGAACAACAUCCACGCUAAAGCAGGUUCAAUCUUUGCUGGAUUUUUGAAGACCCUGCCAAUUUUUAUCAUGGUGAUGCCAGGAAUGAUCAGCCGAGUUCUGUAUCCUAACUCCAUUGCCUGUGCUGACCCCAUCAGCUGUAAGCAUUACUGUGAUAAUGAAUGGGGCUGUUUCAACAAUGCUUAUCCUAAACUGGUUCUAAACGUUCUACCAGUUGGAAUGGUUGGUCUAAUGAUGGCUGUCAUGAUGGCUGCUCUGAUGUCGUCACUCUCCUCGGCAUUUAACAGUAGUGCGACCAUCUUUACUGUUGAUGUUUGGCUGCGCUUCAGACCUAUGGCCAACGAGAGAGAAAGAGUCAUUGUUGGCCGUGUGGUGGUACUUAUCCUCGUUGGUGUCAGUUUGUGCUGGUUGCCAAUCAUCCAAGGCUCUGCUGGGAAACAGCUCUUUGUGUACAUCCAGACCAUUCAGUCGUACCUUGCCCCGCCCAUCACCAUGGUGUUUGGCCUGGGCAUCCUGUGGACUGGUCUGACCCCUGCUGGUGCUCUUUCGGGUCUGGUGAUCGGCUUCUUCUUGGGAAUGGCUAAGUUUAUUGCUGGAAAUGUAUGGCCUACUCCUAAAUGUGGCACUGUAGAUGAUCGUCCUGGAUUUGCCAAAAUGCACUUCAUGUUUUAUGCAAUCAUCAUUUUUGGAGUGAGUGGCUCUAUUAUGGUUGUGGUAAGCUUGUUCACAAGGAAAAUUCCACGAGACGAGCUUGGUGGACUGACUUGGCCCACUAUCAAUGAACCUCCUAUUGCACAUGGAGCGAUUGGCGAGGAUGAUGACCCUGAAAAGGUCGAGAAUGGAACAAUGGCUCACACAGAGGGCAUUGAGCUUUUGGAGAAGAAUGGUAAAUUAAGUCCAACAACGCGCUUGGAGACAUCGUUCGAUGCGUCAGGACCUACAAAAUGCGAUGACAGGCAUGUAAUACCAGAAGACCAAGCUGUGAGUGUUCUUCCUACAACAACACACGACAAAGUCAAACUGACUGUAGUACAGUUUGAACGAGAAGAUCCUGGACUCAAGUGGUUCUUAAGGAUCAUGAGUAUAAUGUUACUCGUCUGUUUGCUCUUCUUGUGGAUUUACUAUCGUUAGGUUUACUGAGGGGCAAGAACUGUAUAUAGAUCAGUGAUUGUUACAUGCAGUACUAGAUAGGUAAAGUAAAAUGGCUGAAAAUAUAAGCUUAGAGCUUUUUUCAAUUGAGUGUCGUAAAGCAAAAACCAAAGUAAUCUCUCUAGCCAGUCACAAAGGACGUAGACGGUCCAAUGAACCUAUCAGAACUGGAAGUAAUUACACGUAGUUGACGCAAAGCGCGGGAAAACGUGUGCGAGCGAGUUGAGAUUAGUUGUGGAUUUACUUUUGAUUGGAUGAAAAAGUGGCGCGAGUUUUUUAAGCCAAUCGUGUAGCAUAGUUAGGUCUAGUAAUGCAAUUACCCAAUUACUUAAAUUCGACACUCAAGUGAAAUCCGCUCAAUUACCAUGAGUAGCAGGAUAGGACGUGAUUGGAGGAGAAAAAAAAUGAAAUACAAGGUAAUCUCCUUUACACAUUUAUUAACAUUUAUACACCAUGUAGCUCGUAACACCUCCAUCUCGCUCAUAAUAGCAAAACAGAAGUCCAGCGAUUUGUAGUCACGUAAUGGAAUGUAUAUUAUUCCUUGUAAUUAACUGUAAAGUUGAGUUCGUCUGAAAUAGGCAGGACAGUAGCAAUUGAAUUACAAUACUGUAGAAAAAAUUUUUGGAUAGUUUGAGUACAGAGGGUAGUCUCAGAGAAUGUCAUUUUCAAAUUCAUAAGGUUUUGUUUCGUGAUAUCUUUAGAUUGUAUUAGAAUUUGGUAAUGUUAGUUUUCGAAGAGCAAAGGAAAACGAGAGGGGAAAAAGCCAAGUGGAAACCAACAACUUAAUUAAACUGAACCGGUCCCAGACCACAAGAUCCGCGCUAUCCUUGCUCCGUGAUUUUCUUGCUCGAGACUGAGUUUAUCGUCACUUUUUCUCCCUGUUUUCUGAUGAGAAAGCAAGUUCUACAGUACUGAUAGAUAUGUGCUAUUUCCACUAGUCUAUAAUGCUUUCAUUCGUUGAAGCUAAGUACACAUUAGUUUUCUUUUGGUCGUGUUUUCUCCUUUUUUUUUCCUCAAAAGUUUCCAUGCGGGAGAAGAGAAGAGGGAAGUUGUGGCAAUGGAUAAAAUUAUGUUUUUAAAAAGCAUGGUUUUUUUUUUCCUUGAUGUGCGGGUUUACUUUGCGACGUUUACCUUUCCAGGAAAGAGAACUUGGUUGAGAUUUUGGGAAAUUUAGGAACUUUGUUUUACUUUCUUUAAUAGUUUGGAGAUUUGUCCACGUUAAACGUGGUUUAAGACGCUUGCUUGGCAAGGUUUUUUCAGUGGUCUUGUAACGUGCGUAACACAAGGUCAGCGUAAAUUUUUUCGGACUUUAUUCUACCGGUUUUCUUUUAUGUAAUCUCUGACUGGUUUUAUAUUGAUAGCAGCCAAUAGAACGCAGUUUUCGUCUAAUUGGAUAUUUUUAAACGAACGCCCAAAUGAUAACAAACUAACUUUCUUAACGUAACAGUAAUGAGUGUGGUCUAUAGUAGUAUGCUAUUUAUAACGGGCGUAGUGUUCAAAGGUAGACAUUCGCCUUUGAAACAAGCUUAAUCGCUUAACAUGCCUUGUAAACGAACUGAGAAGAACUAAGCCUUACGCUUCCUUCCUUGAGUGCGUGAUUCAGGGCCUUAACGUGGUAUUAGUCAGAUUUGGUUGAUUUAAGAGAAGACAUGUCAACAGAAAACAUUUUGAAGCUCAAAAAAUUGGAAUUCCAGCAAGGAACAAUUGAGUAACUUAACUUCUACAGAAUAAGUUUUGAUUUGGUGCUAUGCAACGUAGGUCAAAUGUGAGUUUCAUAUUGUUUUCUCUGGCUGAAAGUCGCAAUAGACCUUUGCAUUCCUACAGUUGAUUCAACUGGCGAGCUAAUUUUAAUCCAUGCUAAUCCAUGCUAAUCCUAAAACAUCUUAAUCAUCGUACGUGGUUUGAAUACCUAAAUACCCUCCCAGCAUCUUUAUACCUUACAAAACUACUCUUUUGGGACUUCUCUCGGUCUGUUUAAAAUAAUUUCAUAUCUUUGGUGAAUCAUUUCUUCAUAUGCCCAUCUACAAGAUCUAGUUUUAGUAUUUUUAGAACCUUAGUUAGAAGGUAUGUAGGUUAGUGCGAAUAGAGCGUUUUCGCAGCGGGCAUGCGAGUGUUUCUUAGCAAGAGGAAUUGUUUGCAUAAGAAAAAAACGCAUUUCCAAAAGAGGAGAAUUCCCACUGUUUUUGAACACCAGCAUGACUACCAUGUCAUCGUAUGAACUUCGUUUAUUUGGUACGCGUAGGUUAGCUGUCCAGUAUAAACAAGUAUUCUCGGUAUUUGUUAGAAGAUCUUAUUGAUCUUGCAUUUAUUUAACGGUGUGUGAUCAAUAUUGUUAAUUUUGGUGGACGGUUAGUUAUAGUGAAGUUUGCCAUAACGUUUGACAAGGUAUUCGGAAUUUUUUCGAAUUUUUUUACUUGCAAUUUUUAGGCAGCUUUCGAUGCGUUUUCUUUCAAAUGGCGGAUCGAAAUGCAAAAACGUCUUCCAAAGGCAAAGUUGUCAAGCUUCUCCUCGUUCUGACAAUUGACAGCUGUGUCCACCAGUUCUUGCAACUUAACUUAGCCAGUUUGAACGGAAGCCAUGGAAGUGUCAGAAAGUUGCUAAAACGUCAAAAAUUGAUCAAAAGCUUUGUCAAGUAAACGUGACACGGUAAUCUUCAAUAUAAAGAUUUUUGGACAAUCACGUCCGCUUAUUUACUCUCUAGGACCCAGUUUUAUUUGUUUUAAAAACUUAUUUUAACAUAUCUGGUCGGCGUGAAUAGAGCCGGGGCGGUUUCACAGCGGCCAUAUUAGUAAUGCUGCAACAUGAAAUUUUUGCAUGAGAAAGUGAAUCAUUUUCGUAAGGGAGAGAAAUUUCAUUUUUAGUAAAGUCAAUAUGGCCGCCAUGAAGCCAUGUAAAGUAGAUUAUUUUAUUGGUUAUAGAUUAUCGAACCGGUGUACACGGGACUACCCCAUUUAUCUAUUGGAAGACCUUAAUUAAGUCUCAUGUAAUUAAGGGAGUGACAAAUAAUGUAGUUUUUACGUGAACGAGUAAUUAAAGUUGAAUACAACAAGA